AUGGCUCCCCGGUGCUUCUUCGACAUAACAAUUGGUGGAAAGCCUGUUGGCACCAUUGUGUUCAAGCUUUAUGACGACGUCCCAAAGACCGUCGAAAAUUUCCGGGCUCUGUGCACCGGCGAGAAAGGAUUUGGAUACAGUGGUUCGAAGUUCCAUCGCAUCAUCCCAGGUUUCAUGUGCCAGGGCGGUGAUUUUACUGCCGGAAACGGUACUGGUGGGAAAAGUAUAUACGGACACAAGUUUGAUGAUGAGAACUUUAUCCACAAACACUCCAAACCCAUGAUGCUCUCGAUGGCUAAUGCUGGCAAGAACACUAACGGCUCACAGUUCUUCAUCACCACGGCCAUAACUAGUUGGCUGGAUGGAAAGCACGUGGUCUUCGGUGAAGUCGAGUCUGGUGCUGAUGUGGUCAAGCUCAUGGAACAGGUUGGGAGCGAUAGCGGCAAACCGUCCCAAGAAGUGCUUAUUGCCAAGUGUGAAGAUCCCAAUGAAGUGUUCCAUGCAUGCAUAAUAACAACUUGGGCCUAUAAUUCUUUUGUCUGGUUUGGGGUGUUGCGGUGUUUUCUGUGA